AUGGAUGAAGAUAGGAUUGGACUUGUUUUGGUUAGAGUUGCUGAGCUGAGGGCUAAAAUUACUGAUUGUAUUCAAAGGACAGCCACUGAUGGCAAAGGGGUCGAAGGUGAAAGCCAAAAUACGGGUUCUGAAAGAAGCCCAGAAGCCCAGAACCAUCAAGCCAAGGGAGAAGAUGACGAUGAUGAAGAAACGCAGAGUCUUUUGAGCAUUAGGGAAGCCCUGGAAUCAUUGGAGGCUCAGCUAUCUUCUUUGCAGGCUUUACAGCAGCAGCAGUGGUACGAAAAAGAAGUGGGCUUAGCUGAAAUAAGGUAUAGUCAAAAGAAGUUGCUUGAAAAGCUAAAGGAUUACAAAGGCGAGGAGUUGGAAGUCAUACAUGAGGCUAUUGCUUUUGCUGGUGAAACUGUCGAAGAUAGCACUGACCUUCUUCUUCCUCCGUAUCCAAGUCGGCAUGUGCAUUCGGUGGUGUCUGACAAUGAUUAUUUGUCCCAAUUUCCUGAUGCACGUAAAAUAACUCACAACGGAGUUAAUGGUACUGGUCCUAUACAUGUCACAGCAAAAGGCACCCUUGAAGCAGAGAGAGAUCAGUCGAAGCCUGAGUCUCGAAGACCCAUGUCCCGGGUAAAAGCUUUAAUUGGUUCGCUAGCAAAGACUGCCAUAACUAUUGUUGGGGUGGUCUCUGUUCUGAGUUUAGCUGGCUAUGAACCUAGUCUACGGAAAAAGGACAAUCAGUUCAAGUUGCCCGACUUAUUUCAGCAACAAGGAAACGGUAGAAAUGGUGGAUCAAGUGUUGAAUGUCCGCCCGGAAAGGUGCCUGUGGUCGAAAAUGGUGAAACACGGUGUCUUGUUAAAGAGCGAGUUGAAAUCCCAUUUGAAUCCACUGUGGCCACCCCAGAUGUCAAUUACGGGUGUGGCUAA